AGCCUCUCUGCACCAGCCGCCGGCGAUGACGAAGAUACCGGAGCACAAGUCGCUCCCAUCAUCAAACUGGAAGAGGUUGCCGUCACUACAGGCGAAGAAGACGAAGUCGCAAUUCUAGAUCUCAAAUCGAAGCUUUAUCGGUUCGAUAAAGAUGGAAAUCAGUGGAAGGAAAGAGGUGCUGGUACUGUUAAGUUUUUGAAGCAUAAGGUUACUGGUAAAGUUAGGCUUCUCAUGAGGCAAUCCAAAACCCUCAAGAUCUGUGCCAAUAAUCUCAUUAUACCUACUAUGUUUGUUCAAGAGCAUGCUGGGAAUGAGAAAUCCUGUGUUUGGCAUGCUAGGGAUUUUGUUGAUGGUGAACUCAAGGAUGAGCUUUUCUGCAUUCGAUUUCCUUCGAUUGAAAGUAAGUAUGCAUGCGCUUUUAAGAUGCAUUUUGCAGAUGUUUUUGUAGUUAGCUUGAUUUAGAUGAAUUUCGUGAUUCGUUGUUAGAGGAAGUUAGUUGGGUACUUUAGUUUUAAUUGAUUUACCGAUUUCUGUUUCGUAAUUGAUAUGAUGGCAAUG